CCUCUGAUUUCUAUUGAGAAUCAGAAGUUAGAUUGUCAUUCAACUUUGAAGAAAAUCAUUCAUUACAUAGUAAGAAACGUGGGCAGAUCGAUGUCGAGGAAGUACAACAAGUGGGAUAGAUUGGUGGGAGCAGUGAUGAGGAGAGAGCAGUUGAGGCAAAUUGCUUUGAGACGCUCCAGCUACUUCAACUCCACAUCGUCCAGCCCCGAUCUUUACGACCACGGGAUUAUCUCUAAUGACCAAGAAAUUAUGAUCUGCUGUAUCUGCCAAUGUAGUGAUCGUGUAACACAUCUAUCUAAUGGGAAAUGAAACCAAAAGAGUGUUGAUGAAGAUGAAGAUGAUGAUAUCAUCGCAGACAUUUCGACCUUCAAAUUCGAAGAGAAAGACCUAGUAAAAUCAGAGGAGCCAAGAAAUCGUCCACAUUCACUCUUUACAGGGUCAGCGAAAGCACCAAGAAGAAAGUUUUUAGUUAUGGCAGUUUCCAAGCUCCGAUCAGCCCUUGCUCUUGGCAGGGCCAGGAUCCAAUUUUCGUCGGGCCUGGGCAAAAAUGUUGUGGGCACUGUUUUUACGUGCAGGCGUGGACAUCUGCAUUUUGCAUUCCAGGAUCAUUUCAACGUGAGUCCAGCUUUUCUUGUUGAACUAGCAAUGCCGAGACGCAUUCUUCCCAAGGAGAUGUCUUCCGGGCUAGUGAGGGUUGCCCUCGAAUGCGAUAAGAACAAAGGUAUCGGGCUUCUGGGGGAGCCCGUUUGGAGGACCUACUGCAACGGGAAGAAGCAUGGGUAUGCAACGAGGAGAGAGUGCGGGCCCGAAGAUUGGAAGGUUUUGAAUGCAAUAGGCCCGAUUUCAAUGGGGACGGGAAUGUUGCCGGCCGCGUCAGAGCGUGGGACGGAAUCAGAUGGAAAGCUGAUUUACAUGAGGGCAAAGUUUGAAAAUAUUGUUGGAUCUUCAGAUUGUGAAGCUUUCCGCAUGAUGAAUCCCGAUGAAAAUGCUGCUUCAUAACUAGUACACUAUGUUUGGAUUCAUGUUUUUACAUUUUUCGAGACAAAAUAAAGUACUUGUUCUUGUA